ACUUCAUUAACUAUAUAUAGCUAAGCGCCCCAAUAAUAACUUAGAAGAGCCUUCUUCCAUGUCAGUAAAAUAGGGCGAAUUACUCUCGCUGACAGAACUUUGGGCAUCAUGGAAGGCAAGGUUGCGCUGGUAACCGGGUCUACAUCCGGGUUCGGCUUAGGAAUAGCCAAUCAACUUGCAGGGAAAGGAUGUUCAAUAAUUCUUACUGGACUCGGUAGUCAAGAGUUGAUAGACUCCAUCGUCAACGACUUUAAAAGCAAGUACAACAGCAGAGUAGACUUUGUCCCAGUCGACCUGAGGAACGCAGAGUCCGUGCAGGGAUUCUGUGAUCACGUGACCACGAUAUACCCGGAUGGGGUGGACAUACUUGUGAAUAACGCAGGAACAAUCUACAACGCGCCGGUAGAAGAGGUGCCUCUCGGCAAGUGGAAUGACGUCAUGGCAGUGUCUGUGACGUCACCCUUCCUCCUCAUCAAACACUUCCUACCUGGGAUGAAGAAAAAAGGUUGGGGACGUAUCAUCAACAUGUCGUCACAGAUGGGUGUCGUCAGUCUGGCUGGUCGUUCAGCGUAUUGCGCUUCGAGAUCGGGUCUAAUUGGCCUUUCACGGUGCGUGGCCCUGGAAGCAGCACCUUAUGGAAUUACGUGCAACGCCAUCUGUCCUGGCUUUGCCAACGCGCCCAUGAGCCACGGACUUAUAAGGGAUUACGCUCACAAGAAUAAUCUCACGUUUGAUGAAGCAAUGCAAGUGUUUGUGGAGAAGAACAACCCGACCAAGAAAGCAGUGGAAAUUACUGAGAUUUGUGGUCUUGUGGAGUUCCUCUGCUCCUCUUCGGCUUGCAAUAUGACCGGUGCACCCAUCCUCGUUGAUGCAGGGUUUACGUCACAGUGACAGUGACAGCGAUGGCGCGAAACUUCGUCACAUUCAUCAGCGAUGAAUAAUUUUCAGUUAUGACAAACGGUGAUGAUAAUCUUGUUAUGAAUAACAAGUGUGUUUCAAUUAUCAAUACAUCCGCUAUAAAAAAUGUGUUUUGACUUUUACUCCAGGUGCACCUACAAACAGAAGACUUAAUAAAGAGUAAAUGAGUGAGUGAGUGAGUGAGUGGGGUUAAAUGACGAAUAUAUAUGGCUUUCAUCUUUCAUUAAGUGAGACGACUUCAGACUCCUGAAAACACCUUGCCGAGGAAUCGAGCAGAUAGAUGAGAAUUCGAUCCACAGAAAGCUGAUU